AUGGAUCGCAUAGAGCCUGUGGGCGGCUCUUCCGAUGCCUCUGAGGACCACCACCUGCCUUCUUCCAACGAUCCGAGACCUGGAGCGACAACGUCAUAUCUCCGACCGCGUGCCCCAUCACUCCGCUCGCGCCGUCCAAGUAUCCGCAUCCAACGCCCACCCUCCGUCAAUAGUCUCAAUAUACAGGCGCAAGUGAAUGCGGACAAGAGUAAUGCGUCGAACGUGGGAUGUGACAAUGCAUUAAACCCUCGAAGAAAUUCUCAAAUCUCAGGGCCCGACGGUACCAGAGCCGCUCAGAAUGAUGGAACUCCCAAUGGUGGCGAUGGAGACGAUGGCGAUACUGUCUGGCAGGGUCGCCGGCGUAGCAGUUCUGAGCCUCGUCCAGGUCGUUGGUCGGGAUCCUCCUCGUUCGUCCCGCCACUGUUGACGGUAGGGGAUCAGGCGAACGUGAUGCCCAUGUAUUCUCUGAAGGAGGAGCCGUCAAGCCCUCACAGUCCAGUUGCCGAGCUUCCCUCUUCCCAGCCCUUUUCGACAGCACACCUUGAGCCUCCACCGGUAAUUCCAAGAAGAGGAAGUCGGAAUGUCUUGCGUCGGACUAGCGAAGCAGCUCUCAAUCGAUUCUCGCGCAAUCGCGCGUCAACUGUCAAUGGCGCUGUUCCUGUAACGCCGCCUCCGAACCCGGAUGUCAAUGAAUACCACCCUCACAUGGUAGAUGUGCUGGACGUUAUUGACCCCGAAGUAGCGGCUUUAUCUACCCUCACCAACGUGCAAAACUCUCUCUUUGUUCCCAAUUUAGGUAAUUGGGUCAACCGCAUGCCCACAUAUACCCUCUCGCCGCCAAGCUCUCGCGAUGAGUCAAGUACAGAGACAGAGGAGGGUGAAACAGCAGAAACGGACAUGAAGCAGACCCGUCCGAUGUUAGUCCACCGCCUCUCCUCUGUGUUAGACGAGGCCCCCGAGCGCCGAUUCGCUGUUCUCCCCGAAGAAAUGACCUUGGAAGGAUGGACAAAGGAAGAGUUGGAGGAGUUGAACGAUCGGGUCAGACAUAUGUUACAUUCGCGACGCUCUGCCUUCAAGCGGUCCAUGGUUGGGUUUGGUAAAUAUGUAUCGAAACCGCUGGGGUUUUUGGUUACUCUAUACGCAACUCUCAUCACCCUUUUUGGGCUUGCAUGGGUGCUUUUCCUUAUUGGCUGGAUCAAUGUGGGAGGAAGGCAACUAUACGUCAUCAAUGUCAUCGAUAACGUACUUGUGGCUUUAUUCGCGAUCAUGGGCGACGGGCUGGCCCCCUUCCGAGCCAUUGACACCUACCACAUGAUCUUUAUUGCGCACUACACCUUUUUAACCUGGAAGAUCCGCAAGAAGCGCGACCUCCCCGCGCUCAGGGACAAGAACGAUCUCCCCGAGCGCCGCGAAGCAGACGUCGACGUCGAACUCGGCGACUCCCCCAAGGAUGGAGAGCACGAGUUCUCCGUGCUCAACCCCACCCAACAGCGCAAACUCAUGCACCAUCAAGAGAAAUUCGCCAAGUCCCAUACCUUCUACAAGCCUCAUGAAACAUACACCCACCACGCCUUCCCACUACGCCUCCUCAUCGCCAUCGUUGUCCUCCUCGACUGCCACUCCCUCUUCCAGAUCGCCCUCGGCGCUUGCACGUGGGGCAUCAACUACCACGUGCGCCCCUUCGCCCUCACAACUGUCAUCCUCUGCUGCUCCAUCACGUGUAACAUCACGGGCGGCGUCCUGAUCAUGAUCGGCGACCGCCGCACUCGCAAGAAGGACGUCGUCGAGCGCCUCUUCCGCCAGCAGCUCACCGAGGAAGCCGCCAAGAAAAUGCAGAAGAACAAACGCAAGGAGGAGAUGCGCAAAUCGAUCGAGCUGAGGAAGUCUUUGGAUCAGUCGCGCAAGUCGCUCGAUCAACGUCCGCUGAAGGUUACAUCAUAG